AUGUCUGGUCGCGACGCCGUGCGCGAACUGGGCAUUGCAAAGUACAACGAGAAGUGCCGAGCCAUUGUGAUGCGAUACGCGACCGAGUGGCGCUCCACAAUUGACCGCUUAGGCCGCUGGAUCGACUUCGAUAAUGACUACAAGACGAUGGAUACGAGCUUCAUGGAGUCGGAAUGGUGGGUCUUCAAGCGCCUUUUUGACAAAGGCGCUGUCUAUCGAGGCUUCAAGGUCAUGCCCUACAGCACCGCGCUGGCAACUCCACUCAGCAACUUUGAGGCCUCACAGAACUACAAAGAUGUGCAGGACCCCGCUGUUGUAGUCUCCUUCCCGCUUGUCACAGACCCAAACACUUGUCUCCUGGCCUGGACAACGACACCCUGGACUCUGCCAUCUAAUAUCGGUCUCUGUGCGCACCCCGAAUUCGAAUACAUCAAGGUUCUUGACGAAGCUUCCGGCAAGCAUUACAUUCUCCUUGAGGCUCUCCUACGUACGCUAUACAAGGAUCCCAAGAAGGCCAAAUACAAAAUUGUGCAGAAGCUACAGGGCAAGGAUAUGUUGGGAUGGAAGUAUGAACCUCUGUUCGACUAUCUCUAUGACGAAUUCAAAGACUACGGCUUCAAGGUUCUGAAUGACACAUACGUCACAGCUGACAGUGGUGUGGGUAUCGUUCAUCAGGCGCCUGCAUACGGAGAGGACGACUAUCGCGUUGCGCUCGCGCACGGCGUUAUCAGCGACACACGACCGCCACCAAAUCCUGUAGAUGACGCAGGUUGCUUUACAUCCGUAGUCCGUGACUUCGAAGGCCAGCACGUCAAAGCUGCAGACAAGGGCAUCAUCAAACAUUUGAAGGGAACAGGUCGUUUAGUGGUAGACUCCCAACUCACCCAUAGCUAUCCUUUUUGUUGGCGAUCAGAUACUCCAUUAAUCUACCGAACUGUACCAUCUUGGUUCAUCAAGAUCCAGGAUAUCGUACCGCAGAUGUUGGAAAACAUUGCUGGCUCACAUUGGGUUCCAUCCUUUGUUAAGGAGAAGCGCUUCGCAAACUGGAUCACAAACUCGCCCGAUUGGGCAGUAUCACGAAACAGAUUCUGGGGUACCCCACUUCCUCUCUGGGUCAGCGAUGAUGGCAAAGAAAUUGUGUGCGUCGGUAGUGUGGAGGAGUUGAAGAAUCUGAGCGGGUACCAAGGUGAGCUUACAGACAUUCACCGAGACAAGGUCGAUCACAUCACCAUCCCCAGCCGGCAGGGCAAGGGUGUCCUAAAAAGAACAAACGAGGUAUUCGACUGCUGGUUUGAGAGUGGAUCUAUGCCGUAUGCAAGCGCACACUACCCGUUCGAGAACAAGGAACAAUUCGAAAACUCUUUCCCUGGUGAUUUUAUCGCGGAAGGCCUCGAUCAAACACGUGGAUGGUUCUAUACACUUACUGUUCUUGGCACACAUCUUUUUGGUAAACUUCCGUUCAAGAACUGCGUAGUCAACGGCAUAGUUUUGGCAGAAGAUGGCAAAAAGAUGUCAAAGCGGCUCAAAAACUACCCCGAUCCUUCCCUCAUCAUGAAUAGCUACGGAUCGGACGCGCUUCGGUUAUACCUCAUCAACUCACCCGUGGUCCGCGCAGAGACACUUCGCUUCAAGGAAGCUGGUGUCAAGGAGAUUGUGUCGAAGGUGUUGCUACCUUUGUGGAACAGUUAUCAAUUCUUUGAUCAGCAAGUGUCGUUGCUGAAGAAGGUUGCUGAUCUUGACUUCACCUUUGACCCUGCAGCAGGGAAGACAAACUCUAAUGUGCUAGACCGAUGGAUCCUGGCAUCUUGUCAGUCGCUCCUCAAAUUUGUUAAUGAAGAGAUGGGGGCUUACAGGCUGUACACGGUCGUCCCGCGACUACUUGAGCUCAUUGACAAUACGACUAAUUGGUACAUCCGAUUCAACCGACGAAGAUUGAAGGGCGAAGACGGUCUUGAAGACACCAAGCAUGCACUCAAUACCCUGUUUGAGGUCCUUUACACACUUUGUCGCGGUCUCGCUCCCUUUACUCCAUUCAUCACUGAAAACAUAUAUCUCCGACUUUUACCUCAUAUUCCCCAGGAGCUACACGCCGAGGACAAUCGAAGCAUUCACUUCCUACCCUUCCCAGAGGUCAGAGAAGAAUUGUUCGACGACGUUGUAGAGCGUCAGGUGAAGCGCAUGCAAGCUGUCAUUGAACUUGGCCGCAUCUGCCGAAAAAGAACCAACAAGGGCUUAAAGAUCCCUUUGAAGACACUCGUGGUCAUUCACCCUGAACAGCAGUAUCUAGAUGAUGUCAAGUCGCUAGAAAACUACAUUCUGGGGGAGCUCAACGUUCGAGAUUUGGUGCUGUCAAGCGACGAGGAGAAAUACAAGGUGCAAUACUCAGCAUCAGCAGACUUCUCAGUAUUAGGCAAAAAGCUGAAAAAGGAUGCCGUAAAGGUUAAGAAGGCACUCCCUGGACUAAAGAGCCAAGACAUCAAGGAUUUCCUCAAGAGCGGCGAAAUCGUGGUUGAUGGCAUCCGCCUGGAGUCUGAAGACCUGAUGGUCAAGCGCGGACUCGCACAAGACGACAGCAGCAAGGACCAAGAGUUCAACACCGACAAUGACGUCCUCAUCAUUCUCUACACUGGCUCAAAUCCCGAGCUUGAACAGGAGGGUCUCGCUCGUGAGGUCAUUCGUCGCGUGCAAGACCUGCGCAAGAAGGCUGGCUUGGUUCCAACAGACGACGUGGCCAUGGAGUAUCGCGUGUUAAGUGACCCGGAUGAUCUAGGAUUAGAGAAGGCGUUCGAGAAUCACGGGCCUCUCUUCGAGAAGGCAUUACGAAGGAACGUAGACAAGCACAUCAUCACUGAGCUUGACGGUAAGAUACCCGAAAACAACGAAAAGGUCAUUUUGGAGGAAGAACAGGAGCUACAUAAAGCAACCUUCCUGCUGAGGCUGGUAAAGUUGUGA